GCAGUAAACGCAAAAUAAAUUUCCUCCAAUGAUGAGUUGCACCUCAGACCUACCCUCCUCAUAGUCCCUAGUUCAAUUGUGAGUGCUCCAGUCCACUGCGCUUACCAUCUCCCACACAACCCCAUGCGCAAGCCACUUUUGCAGAGUUAUAAAACAUUGGGAAUUAUUGCAAUCAAUGUGUUAUUUUGUGUCGCAAUAAUAUUCCUAUCGCUGCUGUCUCUAUUUUCUGGAAGGCGUAGAAAGAAGAAAAAUGCCAACGACAACUAUCCAUACGUGAAAGUGCCCACAUGAGAAAUCCCAAUGUGUGGACCAACCAUAUCCUAUGGAAUGAACAAAAGCAUGGCUCCUAUUGUUCUUUUAAUGUGUGGUAACGUAUAAAUCACUUAUUAAUAUAUAAUGACAUUUGCAAGCUGAUAUUGUACAAUACCAACUACGAAAACUAAAGUGAAUUUUGUACCAUGGCGAAACGCUUUGCAUUCAAAACAGGCAGGGAUAAAUAAAG